UCGUCUCUGCAACCCAUUAAAUAGACGCGGAAGAACACAUGUAGCAGCCUGCUCUGGGGUGGAUGCUGCUGCUUCAUUUACUGGAAAGAGAAGCUUUACGGCAGAUGGCAUACCAGAAACCAACCCCAAGCUGUGCAAUUAAUACUGCCAAGAUGAUGCUUGUGGAAAAGAAGUGCAAAAAGAAGUGGAUAUGAGAAUCAGUAGCCUGUUCAUCCACAGAAAGGAAGGCACCAUUAGAGAGAUCCUUUACUCACCCGACUCUAUCCAUGAUUUAAAGAUUCAGCAUGCUUUCAGCCUACACAGAACUUUAUAAUGCAAACCUGAGCUUUCAGAACACACACGCAAGAGGAAGGGUUUUUGAAUGGGUUGUGUCUGCAGCAGAUAUUAGAAGAUGACUCCCCUUCAACAAAAUUAAAUAAUGUGGCGAAAGGCACUUAAGAUGGCAGAAGCAAUGAAGACUUUCUGCCACUGUGGAACAGGUAGCUCCAUAAAUGUGUCACUAAUUACUUGGUUAACUACAUACGACACUUCUCAAAGACUGCAUUUAGCUUACUGGAGGAAGGGGGAAAGAAGAUCUACACCUGUGUGGAAGAGACAGCUACAGCCUUGCCUGGGGAGCUAUCAGACACUUACACACGUUUACAACAGGAGAAAGACAGGCGGACAAAAGGUGACAGCAAAUCUCAUCAUGGCAUCAGCAGCUCUACAGUUCUUUGCUUUCAUCUUAGCCUUGUUUGGCGUUUUCGGCGCAAUCACAGCCACCUUGUUGCCCAACUGGAAGGUGAAUGCAGACGUGGGUUCAAACAUCAUCACAGCCAUAACUCAGAUGCAAGGGCUCUGGAUGGACUGCACAUGGUACAGCACCGGGAUGUUUAGCUGCACCCUGAAAUAUUCCAUCCUCUCCCUCCCUGUUUACAUCCAGGCAGCACGGACCACCAUGGUUUUGUCUUGCAUCCUCUCAGCUUUUGGAAUCUGCAUCGCCACUGUUGGGAUGAAGUGCACCCGCUUGGGAGGGGACAGAGACACCAAAAGUCACACUUCGUUUGCAGGAGGAGUCUUCUUCAUCAUCGCAGGAAUAUUUGGUUUGAUACCAACAGCCUGGUACACAAGAGAGAUCAUUGCAAAUUUUCUGGACCCAACAGUCCCAGAAAGCAGUAAGCACGAACCAGGAGGAGCAGUUUACAUUGGAUUCAUUUCAGCAGGACUUCUAAUCACUGCUGGUGCCAUCUUCGGCACUUCCUGUUUUAAAAAGCAGCAGGGAGCGUGGAUUUAUCCUAACAAGCAGCAGCAGCAGCAGCUCCCAGCUGCCCAGCAAGAGAACACAACAGGCUACCACCUGAAGGACUAUGUGUAAAGGCAACUGUGAGUCUGCCAGCCAAGUUCCUGUGCUACCAAGGGUGGCUUUGUUUACUGUAGAUUUUUCUCUUGGUUUAAAGGUCUCAAAUCAAAACUUCUGUUCUUGACGAGAGGGUCAUAAUUACAUUUCAGCAAGCUAUUUUUAAUUCACCAAAAGGGGUACAAAAAAGUUUAAAUAUCUGCAACAGCCAUUAAUUUAUUGCUGAUAUUGCUUUGCAACUGAAAUGUACUGGGAAAGAACAAAACUAAGAGUACAAAGGAUUAGUGCGGGGUGGGGGGUUAGCAUGCAGAAGUUAGCUCAUUAUUUGUCAUGCACCAAAAUUUAAUUUCACCCAGACUCACAUUUUAAUUGUAACAACAGCAAAACCUACUCUGCCUCUAUGGAACCCUAUGUAUUGUUCUUAAAUCAUACCUACAUCUGUUUUUCAUUGUCAGUUUUCAACUACCAUGGUAACUAGAUUUAAUUUUAAGUAAAAGAGCUCUGAAUUUGCAUAUCAGAAGCAAAAGAGCUGACACUGCCAUUCAGAUGUUGCCAAAACUGCCGCCAGCCCAUCACCACCUGCUGCAGGUUCCAGUUUUAUUUCAAAAGAAAUGUCUACUUAAUAGUCUCCAACGCUGCUAAUGUAAGGUUCAAACACCCAACAGGACUGAGAAAGGGACACUGAGGCAAGUCUUCAUAACUAAGAAAAGUGUUUAACCCUCCAAUUUGAAGCUGGGCAAUUUGGUUUAAGCUAACGGAAAUAUUUGUGUUACCAAUAACUAGUCAGUGCUUCAAUACUGGUUUGAGCCAUUAUAUGAUUUGGCGCCUUUAAAACUUAACUUUAUACAAGCUGUUUACAAGGCGCACUUGGAUCAGGCCCCAACGUUCUUGGCAGUCUGCCACACAAAACUCUUGCAGGUGGCAGCCACUCAGUUUGCAAUUACUUAGCCAGCAUGAUUCACGUGGUUAAUAGUUCUUGCUUCUCAGGACCUUCUUUCUAACAUGCUGAAAUAAUUAUUAGUCACUGUAGGGAACCCCUCAUUUCCAUUCAGAAGGAGAGGCAGAAUUUAAAUCUCUUUGUGUAAGAGGAGGAGGAAUACAGAGGGCAGCUCUUUGGUCAAUAACUCAGGACAGGCGCUGAGCUAUACAUAUAUAUAUAUAUGCAUAUGCACACACUGCCUAAACCCAACACUAGGAAUAUGUUUCACUCAGUGGUUCCUUAGAAGGCGUGCAGGUAGUUAGCAAAUUAUUAGGUUCAUUUUUCUCCCCCACCUGUCUUGCAUUUUACAACUUUUAAGUGGGAGGUACAAACAGCUCUUUGUAAUCAAAUGUUCAGCUGUUUAAAAAACAACAACCAAGGAACUUGUUUUAGCAGCUACUAUAUUUAUGAGUACAACUGUUUAAAAACACAACUAGAAGUACCAAAGUUAUUUGGCUACUCUGUACUUCAUUUUGCAGGGGAGUAAUAUUAGGUCUGUAAAUAGUAAGAUGUUGGUAGUUCCUUUAAGCACCAGCUCUUACAUGUACAAGUUUUUAAAAAUGCUGUAUUCUUUUUUAAUCAUAAAUACCUGUGUGUCCAAAUUAGAGAUAUACUAAAGACAAACCGUGUCUAAAUAAAACCUAAAUAAAAAGAUUUUUUAAAACCCUAGAGAACCAGGGCAGAUCUUAAUGCAGAAGAAAAUUCCACAAGCGCAUUUACAGAAGCAGUCUUGCAAACGGAUGUUUGAGAGCCAAAAUGAAGGCUCCUCCACAUUUCAGACCCUGUAUAAUCCAUAAUAUACAUUUUCCCUCGACAGGUAGCAAGUAAACAAGGUACACUGCAGCAAGGUGUCUGAAGGAGAAUAUCAGGAAGCUACAAGUUUAAAAACACUCCAAAGCAGUCUCGGUUAUUUCAGUGUGCUUAACUAUAGAAGUAAGCAGUGGUGACUUAUCAGUGUAAAAAAUACAGCCACCAUCUUCUGUGCAAAUCCUCAAUACCUUGUGAAUGGUCUAAAGAAGCUCAAGCAUAAGAGAAAAAUAUUUUUCGGCAGGGAGGGAGGAGAUCCAAUGCCAGCAUAAAACAAAUUGUAGCCUGGCAAUUUCUGCUCCUCUUGCAAACAGUAUGUAUCAGCUUUCCUAUUUGCUGAACUGUUCCUUUAAUAAAAUAGUUUGUAUUUGA